UUAUUUGAGUUUAUUGAGCAGCACAAAAAUACUAUAAUUAAGCGAAAAUGUCAAUGAAAUUGAUUGGAAACCGGAACAACCCGAAUUGCAUUUAUGAUAUGCAAUGGAGUAACAAGAUGGAUCUGAUUGCUUUAGUCAGCGAAACAGGAGAAGUGGUGAUUAAUCGAUUUAAGUGGGAUGUGCCAAUGAAAAUACCACCUCCAGCUACAGUGGAUGCAAAUUCAGCGAGUGUUACUUCACUAGGUUGGAGAAUUGAUGAGAAAAUAUUGGCGAUAGCUUACAAUAAUCAUUUAAUUAAUCUUGUGGAUAUUGAGGAUCAGUCUAAGGAAGUGAUUAUAUCAAUUAAAAUUCCAUCAUGCAUCAAGUCAAUUUGCUGGACUCAAAACACCAUAGACAUUCCUGAAGAUGAUAAAUCAAUACUGGAAGAUUUUAAAGUUUAUUUAUCUCAAUUGCCGAAUAUCAACAAUACUGUGUCAUCCAGCACAAAGAAGCAUGACUAUAGAAGCACAAAAUUCUAUUCAAAGAGUGGACUAAACUUUCUAAUUGUGAUUUGUGAAGAUGCACGAAUUUACAUUUAUGUUUAUGGCGUUUUAUCUUGUGGAUCAAUUGAUGUACGAAAGUCUGUAAAUGCAGAUGGUGAUGAGAAAAUUGACAUUUUGGAAGCAAAGUUAAGUACCAAUUUUGAACAGCUCUUUGUGCUCUAUCAAAAGGAUAAUUUACUUCAUUAUGCAUGCUUUGAAAAUCCGUUAAUGAUGAAAUAUCAUGCUACAUUAUGGAAGCUAUCAGUCAAAUAUGGCUUAAUAUUAAACAUACAGGACUACAUUAAUGAUACAGUCGAGCAUAUUGGAGAAGCAUGGGAACUCGUUCUGCUUGAGAUGGACAAUAAAUUAUCAAAAUAUGCUAAAAAGCAGUCAGAAGGAGCAAUUUCAGCCGACUUUUUGGAACUUCUCUUGUUUGGAUAUCCUUCAGAAGCACUCGAACAAUUCCUUACACAAGAUAUGACUGUUAGAGAAUUAAAGAAAUUAAGUAAUAGUCUUGAAAUGAGCUAUGGAACUAUCCAAAAACUUGUAGUUAAACCACUUUACAGUGCAACUAUUGCACUUUUCCAUCAUGUCAAUCAUUUGUACGGCAUGCAUCAAAACACUUAUGAAUAUAAAGAACUGCUUGGAACAGCUACAAACGCAGCAUUAAAAAAUACAGGCUCAUUCUUAAUAAAAUCACAUGAACUGCAGCAAAUAAUUGAUAAAUCUAUGAGAGAUUUUAAAAUUUUCUUCCGUUGGCUGUACAUAACAAUUUCAAGACUUAUGGAUGACAGUGUUCCUGAAGACGCUGGACCAAUUUCACAACAGGAAGUUAAUUAUCUCGCUGAAUUUUUGGACAAUUUUGAACAAAAUCGAGUAGAGUUUAAAAAUCAAGAUACCGAUGAACGAGAAAUAAGGUUUAAUCUUGAGAGAAUUGGACAGUAUUUAUCCAAUAAAGAUAUCAUGAUUCAAGCACAGGAUGAUCCAAAAAAUGCAUGGAGUGAAUUAUUGUCUGAAAAUGAAUGUUUGGUGGCAAAUAAGUUUGUCUAUACUCACCGCAAAAAUACUUCCCUUAUUCAGGAACAAAAGAUGAUGGAAUCAAGUAUUAGUAGCAUUUUUCAGCGACUAGAAAAGUCAAUUGGAUCAAAAUAUCAGCUUCAAUUCGAUAUUGUUGUUGGAAAUGACAUCCUUUGUGAAAUGCCAAGAAUUAUCACAUCACAUGCUGUUGAUGGAGACGAUGAGAAUGCUGUUAAUUAUUUUACAGUAUUAUUGUCAGAUUGUGAACUGCUUUUCAUAUCUUAUUAUGCUAAUUCUGAGAUGAAAAUUGCUAAAAUAGUUUUUGGUGAUAAAGAUGAUUUAGACAUUUCAUCACUUGGACAUUUGUCGUUCAUUGAUGUCAAGUUUUAUAAUUCAAAAAUUAUUUCAGCAUUAUUAAGAAAUGAAAUUGGCACAAAAACUCAGUCAUGCUUCAUUCAAUUACCAAUUUCUCGUAUUCUCGAUGAUCUCUCAGAGAAUUCAUCAACAGAUCCAGCAAUACUCAACAUGUAUAAUUUCAUUGAUGAAAGUGCAUUUAAAAUAAUUGAGGGAUUUAGUGGCAUGUUAAUGGCUGUGUCUGGUUCACGUAAAGUUGCAGCAUUUUUGGCAUCGAAUCAAAAAAUCGUUAAAUUGUACGAGCUUGAAGUCGACGAGGAUGAAAUAGACGAAGACAAUUCAAAUAAUGCAAGCUUUGAAAUGGAACUGAAAAUCUAAUUUGAGAACAAAAAUUUGUUUUUAUUUUUUAUGAAUAAACGGAGGCGUGGACACUCAAAAAUGCUGGGAUUAUUGGGAUCCCAUGGGAUUGUUGGGAAAAAAAUUAUUCAAAUAUGUCGAAUUUUUUGAGGAAAUGAACUGUAAGAAAUAUGUUAUUUGAAGCAAUUGUGACUUGUAAAGUUUAAAAAAGUGAUGAAAUAUUUUAAAGUGUUUGUCGAGUACCAAAAUAUAAAUUUGAUCACAUACAAUAAUUUUUCAUACAGUUUUGACUGAUUAAUUUAAACAAUCGGUUUCUGAAAUAGGAUUGGACAU